UGAAAUGUGAUAACAACCACUUCCAUGGAAAGUGAUUGCUAUAGUCUAGUAAUAGGAUUGUUCAUUGGUUUUAUUGGUUCGGCAAUUGUUAUAAUCAAAGUAAUGGCAUUUCGAAAGCCUCAACCUAUAGGUGAAGGCAUUAAUUUUGAGGAACAGUCGGUUGCGAGUGAUAGAAAUUCUUUAGUGAAAAGAUCCAAAAUUUACGAUAAAAAUGAUUUCCUGACACAUCUGUUUGAUGGUGUAUUCACUUUAGAUAAUGUUUUGUCUAACGGAUCCAAAGAGACCGUUGAUGGCAACUGUUUGGGAUCAAUCAAUAAGACUAAUAACACCGUCGAGUGGUUAACUUAUGCUCAAGUAUUGACACGAGUCAAACAUUUUGGUGACGGACUCAUUAAAAUGGGUCUAAAAGGCGGACAAAAUACUUGUGUUGGCAUUUAUGCUACAAAUUGUGUCGAUUAUGUCAUCACUGAAUAUGGAUCUUAUAGCCAGUCGUGUGUUGUUAUUCCUCUUUACGACACAUUAGGACCAAAUGCCUGUCGUUUUAUUAUUAAUAAAGCUGAAAUUUGUUGUGUUGUUUGUGAUAAAGAAGACCGUUUUCAGGCCUUAUUAAGUCAAGCAAAUAAUAUGCCUUCUCUUCAAUACAUUGUCAUUAUUAAUGAUAUUCCGCAAAGUUAUAAAAGUAAAGCAAUCAACUAUGGGAUUAAAGUGUUUACAAUCAAAGAGGUUGAACUUUUAGGAGAAAACAAUCCAAUUGAAAGUUUGUCACCAAAACCUGAAGAUUUAGCACUUGUUUGUUAUACAAGUGGGACAACUGAUCUACCAAAAGGAGUUAUGUUAAGUCACAAAAGUGUAAUUGUAAACAUAUGUGCCGUACUUUACCAAAUGGGUCCAUCGGCUACUUGUAAAACAGAUACAUUGCUAUCAUUUCUACCAUUGGCUCAUAUGUUUGAAAGAUGUUGUGAGGCCGCUGUAUUCAUGGUCGGCGGUAAAACUGCUUAUUUUAGCGGUGAUAUCAAAACAUUAUCGGAUGACAUGAAAAUAGUCAAACCAACUAUAAUGGCUGUGGUUCCGCGAUUACUGUCCAGAAUUUAUGACAAAUGCUAUGAAAAUAUAAAGGGAAACAAACUCAAGGAAUGGAUGCUUAAGAAAGCCAUUGCAAGCAAACAAUCAGAAAUAGAGAAGAGAAUCGUUCGUAACAAUGGAUUUUGGGAUAAAUUAGUUUUCAAACGCAUUCGGGAGGGAUUGGGGGGUAAAAUGCGGUUAAUUGUUUGCGGAGCCGCACCUCUGCCACCAAAUGUACUCCAAUUUAUGAGAUGUGCUUUAGGUUGUAUCAUUGUUGAGGGAUAUGGACAAACUGAGUGUGUCUGUCCCUGCAGUUUAACAAUUCCUGGAGACAGUAAAACUGGACAUGUUGGUCCACCUCUUCCUUGUUGUGAAAUAAGAUUAGAAAGUGUACCCGAAAUGGAAUACAACGCUAACAAAGGCAAAGGAGAGAUCUGUGUUCGCGGACCUAUUGUUUUCGAUGGCUAUUUUAAAGACACAGACAAGUCAUCCAAAGUGUUAACCAAAGAUGGUUGGUUAAAGACAGGUGAUAUUGGACAGUGGCUACCGAAUGGUACGCUUAAGAUAAUUGACCGCAAGAAACAUAUCUUUAAGUUAUCUCAAGGAGAGUAUAUCGCACCCGAAAAGAUUGAAACCGUUUACAGCAAAAGUCAAUUCAUCGCUCAGAUCUUUAUUUACGGCGAAAGCUUAAAGUCGUGUUUAGUGGCUGUUAUUGUACCUGAAGUUGAUAUACUAAACCUCUGGUGCCGUAAAAACAAUAUAAGAGGCACUCUAAGAGAUUUAUGUCAAAAUACAGACGUCAAGAAAGUUAUUAUGAAUGACUUAAUAUCUUUGGGUAAUAAAGAAGGUUUGCUUUCCUUUGAACAACCAAAGGAUAUAUACAUUCAUUACGAAGCCUUUACUAUUGAUAACGGAUUAUUAACACCAACUCUCAAAUCAAAAAGACUUGAAAUCAGAAAUUAUUUCGGCGUCCAAUUGGAAAAUAUGUAUCGAUCACUAAAUUAAAACA